AUGCAGUCCGGGCGCAAACGCCGGGUCGGUUCUGUCUCCGGUCCAGAGCCUCAACUCUCAGCGUCCACUCAACGAACAACUCGUCAGUCCAAUAGCGCUCAUGCCACCGCUACUCCUUCCAAGAGUCGGCGACAGCCUAGGAAGAAGGUCCGCUUCUCCGAUCCAGGCCCUCAGCUACACGACGGCUCCGACUAUGGGACUGGGCUCACGCCCGCCAUGCUACGCACCUCCUUUGAAGAACGGGCGGAUAUAGAUCCUUUGGCUAGCUCUCCAAGUCGCCGCUCGCGACGCCAUUCCACGCCACUCCGCAAGACCCGCUUUCAGUCGCCUUCCCCGGCCUCCUCUUCGUCAGCCGGUGUGGAACAGGUGUUUCAAUUUACGCCACUUCGACAGCUUCUGGACUCGCGGACGCAACGAAGAAUCCGGCGAGUUGGGUUGAGUGAUGAGAUCAACCAGUUGGAGCGCGAGAAGAGGGACGCAGCACGUUAUGAGCGAACCUUGCAGACAUUGCUGCGGGAACGUGACUCUUUGAAGCAAGAGCUGGAUUCGGUCAAGCGAAUCGAGCGCCUGCCCACAGGCGCAUCGCUGGAACCGGCUGGCGGACCCUCGUGCGAUUCCCCUCGGUCACUAGCCGAGCGUCUGGAGUCUGAGAAUCAUCGAAUGAGACAGGAGCUUUCUUUCUCCAGGGAUGAUCUCGUCGACAGCUCCAGUGUCACCAACACCGAGAACGACACAAUCAUCGUCAAUGAAAGCGGAUUUGACGGAGAAACGAUGCUUAUCUCGGACUCACCUGAUCUCAGAUCUCUAUGGAAAACUUCACGCUUUGGCAUAGAUGGUUGUGAACUCUUGCGAAGCGGGAGCCCGAAUGCGGAUGCGGAAACUCAAUUGUCCCUUCCUGACCAUGACUCAGGGGCAGAAAUCCAUGCCCUCUUCGCAGACCUUGAAACUGCUAGGAGAGAGAAACGCGCCCUCUUCGAAGCAUGCCGCUUUCGCAUUGCGUCCUUUGGUGGAACUACGCUUGAGCCUCGUCUUCAUCGAACUUCCCCACCGCCAGACUUCGUAGAUCAACUGAUACCAAGUCUGGCUGAGACCCUUGGUCGAGCUUCGGAUGCCACGCAGUCAUUGAAUUCUAUCAAAGAGGAGUUGUCAGAACUGGGAUUUCCCGGAAUACACGCCGAAGAGAUCAUUGCAGACAUGCGCGAUCAGUUCCGCUCCGCACGCUUGCGUCUCGAACGAGCGAUUCCUGGAGAGACCCCGAAUAUAGGCUUGAAUGACGGCUGCGCGACUCUUAGUGCUUUGGUCAAACGGAUUGAGAUCCUGAUCAAAAGCUUAGGAGAUGAGCGCGCAAGGGCUUUGGGCUCUAGUGACAGGGAAAGAGCCCUUCGUGUUCAAUUCGAUAACCUUCUGGCUCGGUACGAAGAAGCGAGCAAGAAGAUCAGCGGUCUUGAAGAGUCUAUUGCCGGCUCUGCUAGCGACAUGCUCCAUACACGAAUGAGGAUGCAGGAGCUAGAAAAAGAAGGAGAGGAGCAGGCCGUAGGUAUUGACAGACUCAAUGCCGCGCUUAACAGGUAUCGCGAGGAGAUCAGGAGCCUAGAAACACUUGUCACAGAUUUAGAAUCAGAUAAAGUCACGAACAGCGACAUUUACAGUCAGCAGGUGUCGAAGCUUCAACUACAAGUCACAGAACAAGAAAAUGCGCGUCGCGUCGCUGAGGGCACAGUUGCAGACCGUGAAGCCCGCAUCCGCGAAUUGGAAGACACUGUUGAACAAAACCGUGCUCGAUCGUGCCAACUGAGCGUCAGAGUGGAGGAACUGGAGUUGGAGCGUCAGAAGGCAAUCGAAAGUCUCGAACAGGAAGCGGCUGAGCAACUUGAACAAUGUGAGAAGGAAAUCGGUACCCUCAACGUUGUCGUUGCAGAGCUCAACACAUCACUCGCGGGUGCCAAGUCAGAGAUCGAUAGUCUACGGCGGAGCAACGUGGGCUUGGAGCACCAGCUGCGGCUUGAGACCGAAGCUAGGGACAAUCUUCUGGAGACAUGGGCUGCGGAGCAAGCACGCUCAUUUGCUCGAAUGAAAGAAACCGUCAGCAACGAACGCCGCAAGGCCAAGGUCCGAGCCGCCAAUUGGGAGAUUCGGUCUGAUGAACUGCAGUCGGAAAGUACCACACUGGGCAGCGAGCCUAUCACACCGGUCAGCAUGACCAGAUUUAUCGAUGUGGAGGCUGGACGGGGCGAGCACCGUAAGCGUCUGGACAGUGGCAUUGGGAUUCUCACCGAUGAGCCCGAGGAGGAUGCGGCUGCGGGCGCGGAUAUGCAGGUGUUGCUGCCCUCGGACCCGGCUGACCUAUGA